AUGGAAACCGAGAGCCUGUCUGAUCUGUUCCGUCGCCUGAACGCGCAGAAUCGCGAGAAUGUGGCACUCGCCGGCUUGGGGAUCCGCACAUCGGCAGAUAUCUUCGAGGCCAUACAGAACCAGUACGAGCACUUUAGUGGCCAGAGAAUUGCGGCAUGUGGAGGGACGGUCGAUAGUCCGGCACUGGCAAAUCUGGGCAUUCGGACGUCGACUGACAUUCUAGAGGCGUUGAGCGGGGAGAACGGCCAGGAAAGUGGUGACGUGAGCUCACAGCGACGUCAUCGUCCUCAUCAGACGUUGGGGACCGCGUCAUCGGGUCAAAGCCAGAUUGUUGGCGGCGCCAAAGACACAGUAGGGAACGGGUCUCAAGAGCAGUCGAGGCAUGGGAAUGAACUGAAGAGGUCCGGCCCUCGCGGCAACGACGGUCAGCUGCCACACAAACGUACCAGAACUGUAGGGCGCCAGGAGCGGAGCCAAUCUGAGGGGGCGGAUGACCUUGCCGACGUGCUGCGUGUGUUGGAGGAAGCGAUCGCAGAAAAGGAGCGGCUAUCUGAUGACCAGACAUGGUGUAUGCCUGUGAGCCACGAGAGAAAGGUGAAGACGGUCGAGGAGUUCUAUAAAGCAUUCCACGACGUGAGAACGCUGCCGGUCCUCACCUGUAUGUUCUGUUAUCGUAAGCAUAGCAGAGCUGAGUUGCAGUAUGUUGAUUGGGACUGGUGGGUGGCAAAUACCAUCGAAAAGCGCGACGGCUAA